CCGUCGGUUGGAGCGACACACACACACACAAACGCUGCUUUCGCUGGUCCAAUAGUGUGGCUGCGUUCAGCUCCCAUUUGCUUACGCAUUGAGUGUCGGACGAGCGCAGCGACUCGAGCCCUUCGGACAGCUCCUUCGGACACGUUGCCAUGCUCACUUGCCGGCGGACGCUCUGCUAGUCUGACCCAGCCGCCAUGUACGCCAAAGGAAAGGGCUCCACCGUACCCUCGGACGCCCAGGCGCGCGAAAAAUUGGCGUUGUACGUCUACGAGUAUCUUCUGCAUGUGGGAGCACAAAAAGCAGCUCAAACCUUUUUAUCAGAGAUAAGAUGGGAAAAGAAUAUAACGCUAGGAGAGCCGCCAGGAUUUCUCCACUCCUGGUGGUGUGUUUUUUGGGACUUGUACUGCGCAGCGCCAGAGCGGAGGGACACGUGUGAGCACUCGAGUGAAGCCAAGGCUUUCCAUGACUACGGUUUCGUUAAUUCCGGCUACGGCGUCAAUGGAAUCACACACAAUGCGGGUCCAGCGCCGAGUCCACUGGGCCAGAUGCCCCCCAACGACGGCAUGCCCGGCGGCCCCAUGCCCCCAGGCUUCUUCCCUAGCUCGACAAUGCGGCCAUCACCACCCACUCAUCCGUCAACUCAGCCAUCCCCACACCCCCAACCACCCCCUCCUCAUAGUCAAAUGAUGCCUAAUCAGCCGUUCAUGGGUCCCAGAUACGGUGGUCCAGGACCAAGACCCAACGUCAGAAUGCCGCAGAUCGGGAACGAGUUUAAUGGGCCUCCUGGCCAGCCACUAAUGUCCAACAACAUGGACCCGACGCGGCAAGGUGAAGGCGGUGAUUUUGUUGGUUGGCAAGCCCGCUUUGCAGGUCCGCCAGGCAUGAACCCUAUGAACCCCAGAAUGAACCCACCACGGGGUCCUGGAAUGGCCCCGAUGGCACCCGGAGGCUACGGCCCCGGAAUGAGAGCGCCACCGCCUAACGCCAACCUUGGACCCGGCUCCGGACCCCCAAUGGGCCCCAUGGGCGGCCCUGGCGGUCGACCUCAGUGGCAACCAGUUACGUCGACACCUAUGAGUUACUCGUCAUCAUCACCUGGAAACUAUGCUCCACCUGGCUCGUCAGGACCUCCUGGCCCUGGAACACCUAUCAUGCCAAGCCCACAAGGUUCAGUGGGUCCCUAUUCCCCUGCUAGUCACAGAAUGCCCACUCCCAGUCCUGUCACACGGCAAGACUCGUCCAAUUCUGGAGGCGAAAACAUGUACACCAUGAUGAAGCCCGUGCCUGGAGGCAACAUGCCUGGGGACUUCCCAAUGGGCGGCGGCCCCGAGGGCGGCAACAUGGGCCCGAUCGGUCCGAACACGAUGGGCCCUGUGCUGAACGGCGACGGCAUGGAAGGGAUGAAGAACUCUCCUGCAAACGGCGGCCCGGGAACACCUAGAGAAGACAGUGGGAGUGGGAUGGGAGACUACAACUUGGGGGGCUUUGGUGGGCCGGGGGAAAAUGACCAAACCGAAUCAGCAGCCAUACUGAAAAUUAAGGAAAGUAUGCAGGAAGAAGCCAAGAGAUUUGAAAAAGACUCGGACCAUCCUGAUUUUUUCAUGCAAUAGUGUUUGUGCCACAACUCUCCUGCUCCACAAGCUCCUUCCUUCAAACACAAAACCUUAGUUACCUCCAAAUUGUACACAAGAGAGAGAAAGAGCUAGAAAGAUGACGAGAGACGCAUCGGAACACAAACAUUGAUCACAAUAUUAUUAUUGUAUUCGUCGAGGAACGUUUGGUAGGGCUACUUUUUCUGGCAUCUCUACCCGGAGAGGCAAUCGAGUCGGGCAAAACGCCACCUGACAGGCCGUUAUUUGAAAUUCGCGCGGACCACAGCAAGCUGGAGGGCGCGGGACGGUUUUCUGCAUUUGAGAGUUGUCGACGAUCUUAGCUGACUGGAUGAAACUUGGAUCAAGAUUCGGAGGUCCCUCAUUUUGAAAAUAGAAAUUUUUGAUAGUCAUAGAAAUAAAUUAUAGACUCGAUUUUUUCGUCCUUUAAGCCCAAACUUUGAGUAUUUUACAUUUUGAGACCUUCGACUAAAUUUUUUUGUAACCCUUAUCCCCGUGCCCUCUGGAGGUCCGUCGCUUUUGUUUCGUGUCGCUGGAAUUGCUGCGGAAUAUGAGUUUCCGCCUUGAAAGAUGUAACCUGAUCUCAAGCAGACGAUUUUUCGUCGGCGAAAGGAGGAAAGUGGCAAUUCUGGCGCGUGCUCCCUGGUAGUUGCAUCCCGAAUCCUCAUUUUUUUUCUCUAAUUCAGUAGAAGCAGAGAUCUCGUUCGUUUUAAACCUGUAACCGCAGCCGCCUGGCCCGCGGCGCCCUUGUUCCUAUCCUACGUAGAGAAAAGUAACUUGGAUUUGAGUGUGAGGCCCAGGUGGCGACUGCCCCGGCAACUCGCAGUGGCUGGGGGAAUCUCUUGGCGCAUACAAGGAUGGAAAAGCCACACGCAACCCACCACUUUUCGACUUUUCCUUUUUCUGAAUGAGAGAGUGUGAGUGAAACACAGUUUGUGGCCGGUGGUUUUUCGGAAAUCGCACGCAAUGAGCCGACCGAGAGUGAACGGACGUUUUCUUCCUGAGUUGGAGACGGAAAGCAGACGCAUUUUAGCUCAUUGAUUUUUAUCCAGCCAGUAUUACUCGUACAUUAUAUUAUAUACGUUUAAACGAAACCAACAAACAGGAAUCAAAUUGUACACUGUGUAGCAUUUUCCUGCUGACAACCUGUGGCAUCUUCCGAAACGGCGCGCAGUCUGCUUUUUUGUUAAAACGUAGCCAACUAUUUGUUAACUUAUUGCGAGAUCGUUAUAAUUAUGUUAUUUUUAUUUCACUGCUGCUGCGAACUCUCACCAAAAAUCACUUUUGUAAAUAACUCGAGAGCCAAUUGACGCGAGAAUUAUGUUUUUGGAAAUUUGUGUAAAUUUUACAAACACAUAUGUACCUUUAUAAUUUAUAUGAGGCGAGGACGAGAGAGAAAGAUGUGUAUUUAUCAUUGGUUCUAAAGAUUAUUGAGUAUAUUACUUUAAUGAAUUAAUUUUUUUUGUUUCUUAUUGAGGUAUGAACAUAUAUAAUAAAUAUAUAUUAUUCUUUUGAUGAUUUGCAACAUUAUAAAAGAGACGAGAAAAGAGCAUUUACCGCGUGAUCAUAAUUUUACUUUGAUUAGAUCGUUCCACUCUAUUUUCUGUUUCAGAUGAAUAAAAUGAUUAUUAUGUGUAAAUUGUCCAAAAA